AUGGCGUCAGGUAGGGAUGGACCAAGAGAUGAAAAUCAAAUCAAAUGCACACGGAUGCCAGCGGUGAAUGGGACGGUGGUCCAUGCAGGGUACACAGUGACAGCCCAUGAUGGCCCACCCAUUAUCCCCUCCAUUUCAGGAGAAGCAGCGGGCGAGGAGAGGACACGAGACGCGCGCGCGCAUGCAACGAGAUCAUCGAUCAAGGUGUCGUGGCAGCACGAACGAUCGGCGCGAAUUCGAUCGGUUCGUGACGGGAUGGAGGCGGUGUGGGCGCACGGCUUCGGGUCGUCGGCGUCGGCGUCGUCGCGGCGGGCGGUGAUGCUCCACGGCAGCCUGGACAUAUGGAUCCACGAGGCACGGAACCUCCCCAACAUGGACAUCGUCUCCAAGACCGUGGGUGACUUCCUCGGCAGGAAGAAGAAGGCGUCCGGCGCCAUGACCAGCGACCCCUACGUCACCGUGCAGCUCGCCUCCGCCACCGUCGCGCGCACCUACGUCGUCGCCGACGACGAGAACCCCGUCUGGGCGCAGCACUUCCUCGUCCCCGUCGCGCACGAAGCCCCCGCCGUCCACUUCCUCGUCAAGGACAGCGACGUCUUCGGCGCCGAGCUCAUCGGCGAGGUCGUCAUCCCCGCCGAGCAGCUCGAGGCCGGGGAGCACGUCGAGGGCGUGUACCCGGUCCUCGACCCCGGCGGCAGGCCGUGCGCUCCUGGCGCCGUGCUGCGGCUGUCGGUGAAGUACAUCCCCGUGGCGAGGCUGACGAUGUACCACCACGGCGUCACCCCGGGCCCGGACUUCGCCGGCGUGCCAAACACCUACUUCCCGCUGCGCCGCGGCGGGCGGGUGACGUUGUACCAGGACGCGCAUGUGCCCGAGGGCUCCCUGCCGGAGAUCAGGCUGGGCAACGGCGCGCACUACCGGCACGGCCAGUGCUGGCACGAUGUGUACGACGCGAUAUCGCAGGCGCGGAGGCUCGUCUACAUCACUGGGUGGUCGGUGUUCCACACGAUACGUCUCGUGCGCGACGGCCGCGGCGGCGGCGGCUCGCUGGGCGAUCUGCUCAAGAAGAAGUCGCAGGAGGGGGUGAGGGUGCUGCUCCUCGUCUGGGACGAUCCAACGUCCCGGAAUGUACUUGGUAUCCAGAUGGAAGGUUACAUGGGCACACGGGAUGAAGAGACCCGUAGAUUUUUCAAGCAUUCUUCAGUUCAGAUACUACUCUGCCCACGAUCUGCUGGGAAAAGGCAUAGCUGGGUGAAGCAGCAGGAGACUGGAACCAUUUUUACACAUCAUCAGAAAACAGUGAUUCUGGAUGCUGAUGCCGGCAACUAUAAAAGGAAAAUAGUUGCUUUUGUUGGUGGCCUUGAUUUAUGCGGUGGACGAUAUGAUACACCUAGGCAUCCUCUUUUCCGGUCUCUUCAGACAUUGCACAAGGAGGACUAUUAUAACCCAAACUUUGCGGUACUUGAUGAGCGAGGGCCAAGAGAACCAUGGCAUGAUUUGCAUUCUAAGAUUGAUGGUCCAGCAGCAUAUGAUGUCUUAACAAACUUUGAAGAGCGCUGGUUAAAGGCAUCCAAACGGAACGGAGUUAAAAAAUUGUCAAAAGCAAAUAAUGAUACAUUGCUCUGGAUUGAAAGGAUACCUGAUAUCGUACGCAUUGACGAUGAAGAAUAUUCAAGCGGCAAUGAUCCUGAGAGAUGGGAUGUUCAGAUAUUCCGGUCAAUUGAUUCAAAUUCUGUCAAGGGUUUUCCCAAAGAUCCACGAGAAGCAACCAGUAAGAAUCUCGUUUGUGGGAAAAAUGUACUCAUUGAUAUGAGCGUGCAAACCGCUUAUGUAAAUGCCAUCCGAGGAGCUCAACACUUCAUUUAUAUUGAAAAUCAGUAUUUCCUCGGUUCUUCAUUUAACUGGGAUGCGCAUAAAGAUGUAGGUGCUAACAAUUUAAUACCAAUUGAAAUAGCUCUCAAAAUUGCCAACAAGAUUUACGCCAACGAGAGGUUUUCAGCAUACAUAGUAAUUCCAAUGUGGCCUGAAGGUAAUCCUACUGGUGCUCCAACACAGAGAAUUCUUUACUGGCAGAAAAAAACAAUGCAGAUGAUGUAUGAGAUAAUUCAUAAGGCAUUGAGAGAAGUAGGACUGGACAACACAUAUGAACCAGAGGAUUACCUGAACUUCUUUUGUCUUGGCAAUCGUGAAGCAGAGGACAGUCCAAGCACUUCCAGUGGACCAUCUUCAGCCAACAACCCCCAGGAUCAAGCUAGGAAGAACAGGAGAUUCAUGGUGUAUGUGCACUCGAAAGGGAUGAUUGUGGAUGACGAAUACGUGAUCAUUGGAUCAGCUAACAUUAACCAGAGGUCCAUGGAAGGAACCAGAGAUACUGAGAUCGCCAUGGGAGCGUACCAGCCCCAGUACACAUGGGCAAACAUGCUUUCUGCUCCUCGUGGACAGAUCUACGGCUACAGGAUGUCACUGUGGGCUGAGCACAUCGGGGCCGUGGAGGAAAGCUUCAGUUGCCCCGAGAGCCUGGAUUGUACGAGGCAGGUUCGGUACAUCGGGGAGAAGAACUGGAAGCAGUUCGCCUCCAACGAGGUGAGCGAGAUGAGAGGGCAUCUCCUCAAGUACCCCGUCAGCAUCCACCGCGACGGCAAGGUGAAGUCCCUGCCGGGAUGCGCCGCGUUCCCGGACCUCGGCGGAAACAUCUGCGGCACCUUCCUGCCCAUCCAAGAAAACCUCACCAUAUGAAAACAAAAAACAAAAAAAAAAGAUGAUUUUUUUCGCGCGAUUUUGAGAAGGAAAACGAACCUGAAAGCAGCCUGGGACGCAUUCCAUUCGUUCUCUGUAGAUGUGCAGAUGUUCUCUCU